CGGCUGGUCACAUGAGCACAGAUCUGUUUACAAACCCAAGGCAGAGCAGGAGCAGGAGCAGGAGCAAGGGGAGGAAGGGGAAAGGCGAAUUCGCAGGCUCUCUCUGAGCACCAUUAUGGAUUGAAAGAGGAAGAGGGGAAAGCCUGCCAUGACAAAGCCAGCUGGAGGUGGGAGAGUCUGAACACGACACACGCAGACACACUCCUUCACACAUACACACACACACACACACCGCCUUUUGUCUCUGAUUUUUUUUUUCUCAAUUGAAGGAGCAGAUGGUUAGAGGGAGAGUAGGAUCCCCCCCUACGCACACACACACAUGCACUAACUGACACAAACACACCCUCACCAGCAGAAACAGCAAACCCAGCUAUAGAGGAGUGUUGUUGACUGCAUGGAGCUGUCCUCACUUUGUUUGGGCUCUGGUGGACGCACAUCUCUGCCUCUUAUACUGAGGAGGAAUACCCACUGCAAGAUCAGAGGACUGGAGGAGGAGACAACAGAGGAGAGGGGGAUGAGACUUGUGAAAAUCCUCUGUUAAAAAAAGCAGCUUUGGGUGGAAGACAAAGCACAGACUAAUGCCAGAUAAUUACCUUCACUGGACGAGGACUGUCAUUUUGAGCGGUGGAUGUCAUUGAAUUUGGCGAGGGGGACGACACUGCAGACGCAGAGUGAAGUCAAGGAGGCCCCCUUUUUCUGCUGGAAAUGAGCACAUGAUGUCUUCAGUCCCGGUCCAAACCCCAGUCCCAAAUCUCCCAAUCUUUACACGGAGUGGUUAAUCCAGAUUUGGGAAUGCUGGGCUGCACAGACUGCUGAGCCACACGAAACCGCACCCUCGAGGAUUUGUGGAAUCUGAGCAAAUCUGAAGAUCUUGAUGGUUGUUUUUGGAGGAGCUGACACAACCCAACAAAGGAGAGACCCAGCUCAGAGAGACUGAAUCCAGGCUCCACACAGAUCCAGUGUCCGGAGCUCCUGCCCACGAGUUUGGCUCCCCUCCAGCCUCCUCCUGACAGGGCCUGAAUUUACUGCUGCUGUCCUGGGAGUCACAUUUCAUGCAACCAUUCCAAUGGUGUAACGGAUGCCUGUGUGGUUUGGGUUCUCAGCGCUCUGAACACUACUGCAGCAUGACGUCUGACAUCUAUCACCUCCCGCUCAAUGUGUACGUCAUUGUGCUGGGCAUCGGCCUCUUUGUCUUCAUGCUCAGCCUCAUCUUCUGCUGCUACCUGUUCAGGUUGAAACAACAGGGGACAAGGGAGCAGUUCAGCUACAACGAGGUGGUGCUGAAGGGAGCAAGCAAGAAAUUGAGCCUUCUAGGACAAACCUGUGCGGUGUGUCUGGAAGAAUUCAGGACCAGAGAUGAACUGGGAGUGUGCCCGUGCUCACAUGCAUUUCACAAGAAGUGCCUGCUUAAGUGGCUGGAGAUCCGCAGCGUGUGCCCCAUGUGUAACAAACCCAUCCUCCGGCUCCACACAGACGCUCCCCAGGGUGCCGAGGGGCCAAUGGAUCCGGAGGAGGUGUGAGGGAACUGGACAAGAGGAAACCGGGGUCCCCUUACAGAAAACACACACAUUAAAUACACUAGGGAUGAUGGACAGCGGUCAUCUUAAAGACAUCUCACAGGAAAUGUUGAUAAUGAUCCCAAGUGGCUGCCCUGCUGCUGACCUAUGAGCAAUAUGCCUCGAUGGGAAUUGGAUACUGACAGCACCAAAACGAUUUGGUCAGAUGAGUCAGGGAGUGGGUGGAUGAAUAGGAUCUUUUCAUACAAAAAAUGCUCCUAGUUCCACUUCCAUAUUGCACUGUUCACCAAAAAAGAAAAACAUGACAGGAAAAGGAGCCACAUUAGAGAGCAGGAUAUCAUUGCCACUGUCACUGGACGACUAGUGCAGCACUGCCAGAGACAAACACUACAGGCAUCGAGCAGGACAUCAGAGUACAGGAUCAGUAUGGAUACCUCUAAUAUCUCAGGGGUGUUACCAAUACAGCCAGCACAAACCAUGUCAGUCACCCUAUAACCCUGUGCCACACAUGCAUCUUCAGUACUGCCAAUGUAGGUGAAAUGCUCCAGCAGUCAGUGGUAGCCACCACCUCUGUCUGAAACCAAGACCAGCGGGAUUACAACCAUGACGAUUUAAGUAGACAAUAUUGUUACCGAUUGUGUCCCAUGCCCUUUCCUUUUAAAAAGAGACUGAUAGAAAACUAGUCUUGCCUGUAUGUAUUGUACGUAAACAUGUCCCUAUAUAUUGUUAUUUUGUAUUUGUUGCUUUUAAAUAAAACGUCACGUAAUGUAUUGUAA